GGUAAAACACUGCUGCAAACAAAGCUCUUCUAAAGUUUCUUGCACUAGUAAUGCAGAGACCUGGAGCUUUGUGUUUCACUUCAUGGAUCAUAGGAACUGGAGUUCUGUGUUUAACCUUCUUGCAGUUAGCAGACUCUGAGUUGGACUGUGAGCUUGGCGAGAGGUGCAUUGGACAGAGCGAUGAAAAUUUUAGCAGCUGGUAUGUGUGGUUCCUGAUGUUGUUUUUCCUGGCCUUGCUCCUGUCCUGUGGGAUCUGCUGCUGCCUGCAGUGCUGGCUGAAACAGUGGAGCUGCCUGUCCCGCCAACGCACCGUGGCUGUCUUCACCCUCAGCAGCUCAGAUACCUUUUGUGCGAGUGAAGCAUCUCAGUGCCCAUUCUCUGGAUCUCUGAGCCCCUGCAUGACUGUAGAGAUGUCCUCCUCUUCUGCCCCACAGUUCAGCCUUGGGGGAACUGAGUUGCCUCCAUCCUAUGAGGAUGUUGUGAAGGAAAAUAAGCUCUAGACACCACAUGUUGGCUUCCAGUGAUUCCACUUGGCUCUUCAAAGGUCUUCCAUCACGCUACAGGAGUGUGAGAGCAAAUCAGCCCUUACCACAGGCUGGCCAAAAGACUGAAAAGCAGCACAUAUUUCAUCUGAACCUAAAAGAGGAGACUAAAUACAACAGAACAAAUGCCAAAAGCAUGUGUUGAAUCUGUCACAGGAGCUCAGCUUGACAUUUUGAUGGCUCUGGAUUUUAAGAAGCUUCCUCAAAGCCUAUCUGUAUUUGGAGUUUCUGUCUCAGCCUCCAGAUUUAUCUCUCUAAGGCUGCUAGAGCUGGUGUAGCCCCAUGUGUUUUAGGACCGAAUGUUGAUAAAUGACUUGCUAGUUACUUCUCAAACUUGGGCUGCCUCCUUCACUCGGCGUGGUGCCAAGAAACACCCUCUGGCAAAGUCAUGUUGUUCUAAUACAUUGUAAUGCAAUCAUGCCACUCUAUGAUGAAGGAUCGUUUGCCACAUUUAAAAUAUUUAGCACAGCAUAUCAGAUUUGUCUAGUGCAAAAGGCAGCAAAUUUAUGGUCAGGGAAGAGAAAACAAGAAGCAGGGAUUAUGAGUAGCAGCAGUGGCAGGAGCUGGUUACAGAGCACAGAAAAAAAAGUGAAUUUGCUCAUCUGAGCCGUUCUUAAUUCCAUUGUGACUGUCCUCAGCUACUCUUGCCCUAGCACUGCAGACCAGCAGGCUUUCAAUGGCCCAGGACACUUGUGGAAUUUCCCCACAGACAUGAAUUAGGGGCUUAGGUAUUUAAUACUUAGCUACAGAAAUCUAUUAGGAUAAAGGAUGUCAUUUUCUUUGAGGUUAUCACUGCAGACAGAAUGGAAAAAUACUUUAAGAAGCCAUUCAGACUGCCUAAUGCCCAAGCAGGAUCAGUGCUACAUAAGUCAAUCCUAGGAGGUGUUAGCCUAACUAGUUCUCAAAUUACUGAGGAAAGAUGCCGAAUUUCCCCCUUAGCCAUAUUCCAGAUGAAAGCAAAGAUUUCCUUUUGUUUGUCAUGGGCAGGUCACUGAAGGCUGAAUUCAGCCUACCUGACCUCUCUGCCUCUGGUCUCUCAGUGGCAAAGGCUGAGGGGGCUGCAGUCAGACCUCUCUUGUUACAAAAGGUAGAUGUCACACCAUGCACUGCAUGUCCAUGGAGCCAUGAGCUCAUGGUCAAAUUGGGCAGCUGGGUCCAUCUUGGAUUAGUACCCCAAAAGAUUAAUGGAAGCCCACAACCUGGCUCAUGGAGCAGCUCCCUACCUGUUGAGCAAGGUUAGUACCACUUCCCGUGCUCAGAAAGAAAACUGGGAAUAUAAAUCCACUAAGGGUUUUGAAGUACUUACAUAUUCUCAUAUUGAUUCUAUAUAAGAACAUUUGCCAGAUAAAGAAUUACAGCAUAUUUUGAGAGAAAAUUCCUUGCCAGCACCACUGCAAAUUAUCUCUCUAAAAUCUUAUUUUAGAAGCAGCUUUAAUGUUUGACUCUUGUGUGAAAGGAAAUAAAUGUUGCUGUAGCCAAAUGAAUGUUUGUGCCAGCAGGCUAAAAUAUUACCACAUUUAUUAAUAAGGAAAAUUAGUAAGCACAGACUCAACCGGGGAGAAGUCAGGCAAAUCCUGAGUGUCCUUUUCCUGGCUGAACUUACUAUGAAUUGUAGGUAAUCAGCACCUCUCAGGAUCAGACCUUUUAUAUACAUAAGUGCUUCCACUACUCAACCUCUUCAAUUUAUGCCCUAAAGCAUGAGAUUUGAUUAUGUUUGUCACUUCAACUUGCAUAGCCUGUUAGUGGGCAUUAAAUCAGCCAUCACUUGCUUCCCACCUACACACUGCGCUUGCUUCAGUGACCCCUUCGUGGCAGUGAACUCCACAGGUUGUCUGCAUUGUGUGCUGCAUAAAACAUUACCACCUCCUGCUUAUUCAUUGCUUAGCUCUAAAUACAUUGCUGCCUUUAAUUUCAUUGAAUGUCACCUUCUAAUCAGGUGGCUAGAGAGGCUAACAAGCAAGGACUGCUCUGGUUUCAAUGCCUCCAUCUCUCUGCAUCCCUCCUUCGCCAGGACCAGUCAUUCCCAAGGCCAUAAAUUCUUCCCCAGCCACCCAACAGAGGGCAAGCGAGGCUUUCAGCACACAGAAACAUUUGUGGAAACAGGUUUGUUUCCCUGCUGCUGGUGUGCAUUCAAGUGCGUUCAGCUUCAUGUUUGCGGUGCUUUAAUUAUUCACAAAAGGAAUCAAAUUAUCCCAUCAAAAUUGUGACAAGUGGCUUGUAGUAAAGUGAGCUAGUGGCUGUCACAAAAUCAGGCUCCAUCUGGAGUUCCCAGCAUGGGAGAACCUGUGUGCUGUGGUACCUGUGCAACAUGACAGGAAGCCACGGGAGCUUCCAAAAACUGCUGAAGGCCAGGAGGCAUCUGCAAAAAAGUGUAGGGUUGCUGUGGGGGAACACAAACUGACCUUGCUGCUGGCUUGGGGUGGGAAAGGAGACUGCCCCAAGAGAAGGGUAAGUGGGCAGUGCCCUGGUCCUUGGCUUGAUCAUUGAAAUGGAGAAGAGGAUUGGCUCCUUCCUUCUACAAAUGUAUUUGGGGUGGCCCCACUGACCUACUGCUGCCUAUGAAAGCUACUUCCCCCAGCUUGCCUCCUUACCCACAAAUGCUCCAGCAGAAUGGACAAGGUUUCUCCAGACCUGUAUUCCCAUUCUUACAAAAGCAGAGAUUUUGCCUGGUAAUUUAUGUUUUUGUAAGCACUCAGACUUUAAUGAGGGCAGUUAAUGCAGUUUGGCUGAUGUU